AUGUCUACCGAUCGUCUCGAAGAAACCACCGUUUCCAACGACAAGGCGUCUUCUAUGGCCGGAACUCGCGUCCGGAGCUACGAGAACAACCUCACACCCCCUGCAGGAACAUCCUUCUUCGAAAAGCAAAAUCUUACCGUCUUCGAUCAGGAAGACCUGACGGCUCAGGGUGCUUUUGGUAUGACCAUUGUCAUGCAGACUCUCACCUGGCGCACCGACGUGUACAAAUACGUUAUUAGAGCAAAGCCAGACGAUGCGAACUUCCAGCAGGAAGGCGGGGAGAUCUACAUCACCCUUGGUUGGGAGUACGCCCAGACCGUCAAAGCUCCGUCCUCGGUCAUUCCAGUGAAACAAUAUCCCGCGACGAACAGCGGGACGCAGUCGGGGGAUAAUUGGUCCUAUAAUAUAGGGUUCAAGCAGACCAUGCCUAUGUUCAAAAACGGGGCCAAUGAACUCCUUGAUUUUCCUGCAUCAUACGCAGAAGACUUUGUACGAAACAAAUCGCAGCAAAGAGGCGCGGAAAUAUCCAACGGCGUCGAGUUUUCGGUGCAUCUGGAGGAAGACGUAUAUGGGGAGUGGCCAGUCAUCGCAUUUUCCGUAUUCAAAUGUCUCGACCCCAGUGUCUUCCCAGUGACAUUCACAUUUGAAGCGACAGCUGGUCAGCGCCGUAACAAUGUCGUGAGUACCCUUCGCUACCUCGUGAUCUCGCUUGACUAUAUCUCUGCAUGUGUAGUAUACGCCUCAUGGGACGAAGUUGAACAAGGAUAUAGUGGUCGAUUUUGCUUUCAAGCCUUAAGCUUAACCCUUGGUGUUGACCGAUAG